AUGAUGUGGAAAUGGCUGGGCGCGUUGGUGGUGUUCCCUCUGCAGAUGAUCUAUCUGGUGGCGAAAGCCGCCGUCGGACUGGUGCUGCCCGCCAAGCUGCGGGACCUGUCUCGGGAGAACGUCCUCAUCACCGGCGGCGGCAGAGGCAUCGGGCGCCAGCUCGCUCGCGAGUUCGCAGAACGCGGCGCCAGAAAGAUCGUUCUGUGGGGCCGGACCGAGAAAUGCCUGAAAGAGACGACAGAGGAGAUCCGGCAGAUGGGCACGGAGUGCCACUACUUCGUCUGUGACGUGGGCAGCCGGGAGGAGGUGUACCAGACGGCCAAGGCCGUCCGGGAGAAGGUGGGCGACAUCACCAUCCUGGUGAACAACGCCGCCGUGGUCCACGGGAAGAGCUUGAUGGACAGCGAUGACGACGCCCUCCUCAAGUCCCAGCACAUCAACACCCUGGGCCAGUUCUGGACCACCAAGGCCUUCCUGCCUCGCAUGCUGGAGCUGCAGAACGGCCACAUCGUGUGUCUCAACUCCGUGCUGGCUCUGUCCGCCAUCCCUGGCGCCAUCGACUACUGCACCUCCAAGGCCUCGGCCUUCGCCUUCAUGGAGAGCCUGACCCUGGGGCUGCUGGACUGUCCAGGCGUCAGUGCCACCACCGUGCUGCCCUUCCACACCAGCACCGAGAUGUUCCAGGGCAUGAGGAUCAGGUUCCCCAACCUCUUCCCGCCUCUGAAGCCGGAGACGGUGGCCCGGAGGACAGUGGAGGCCGUGCAGCUCAACCAGGCGUUCCUGCUGCUCCCGUGGACCAUGCACGCCCUCAUUAUCUUGAAAAGCAUCCUCCCACAGGCUGCCCUGGAGGAGAUCCACAAAUUCUCAGGAACUUAUACCUGCAUGAACACUUUCAAAGGACGGACAUAAAGGCGGGACACAGGCACACUCAAAAGCCACGGAGCCUGCAGGGACCGUGGCCACCUGGGCACACUUCUGCGGGGUGAGCAGGACUGCCCCCUCCCAGGGAAGAAUCCGCCUGCCCCCUAAGCCAGCCACAGGACCUUUGCACAGGACUGACCGGCAUAACUCUGACCCCCAUGGGGAGGCAGGAAACCAGCCAGCAGCCGCCUUGAUACUUUUGUACAUUUCUAUUCUGUAGAGUUUAUUGUUAAAUUGCUUCUCAAGUCUAAUCAGCCUCAGCAGUGUGCAAAAACUAUUUUCUGGGAGGGUCUGGGUGCCAAUGUUCCCCUUCCCCUCUGGAAUCCACUCACCCAUAGCUUCUGCAAACCGGUGGAACGGCAGGAAUGAAAAAUAAAGAGAGAUGGCUUUUGCGA